AUGGAGCCGCAUGCUGGACACAACGAGUAUAAUGAAGCACAACACGUCGAUGUGUUGCAUGAGGAUACGUUAGCGUGCGCUUCCGCUUCCGAUCCCAAGUCCGCCUUGUCGACUCCAACCGAGAAUGAUGAGUCCUCCCCUGUCCAACAGCUGCCUUGGCUGGAAGCCGCACUUUCACGCGAAGACUCUGGACCUCAAGACACGGACGAAAACAACUCGGCUUCUACUUCAAAAGGCUCUAUCUGUGCUGCCAAGGACCUCUAUGAGGGACCAGCGAAAUGUAGAUGCUGUAUCAAUUGGGUAGAGCAAUACCCGGACGACCUGAGAGAGUCGGUCGAAGAACAACCAGAAACCAAUAAAUACGCUCUCCUUGUACGUCAUGCAAAAUGUCACGAUGGGCCAAGACCGAUGAAGCUGGACUCGAUUGUCAUCCAGAGCCCUCAGCUAAGACCAGUCCUGGAGGCUAUCUUUGAGGGUUACGGCGGGGUGACGGCAAAUCUGAAGUAUCUGAAGUUUUACUCGCCGUUCAAAGAAUUUUUCUAUCGAUGGGAACAGCUUGAGAGGGCCGCCGAUGGCAAUAACGACGCGGUAACAUCAUCCCACAUACAGCUUCUCCGAAUGGUUCUCAAAGCAGAGCUCGACCAGACCAUUACCGCCUGGCAAGACUUGUCAAGGAACAAAGUUGUUACUUUUGACUAUCUAUGGACACUUUUCGUUCCAGGGGGUAUGAUCUACGCGCCUCGUGAUGGCCAUGACUGUUUAAUGGAAGUUGAGCGUUCAAACGUCGUUGAAGACAUUUUCAGCAGGAGAGGAUAUGAGGUUGCUAGUCGAAUUAUCAUUGACGCGAAGGCUGGUUUCGAGAUGAAGCCGGACUUGGAAGUGGAUCUCGAGCCCCUGGAAGGUUCUGAUGAUUGCAGGUCUGAACAAAAUAGCGACGACCAUUACCCAUGUUCGAACAGUGAUACGACGCAGAAUGCCGAGAACUCUUUGACUGAAGAGCAGCUCAUGAUGUGUAGCCAUCUCGUCUACGGUUACUGUUUGAAAACCAAACAUUGGGCGGCCUUCUUUGUCGACAAUGUACACGAGAUCUCCUGGAAUGACAAAGCCUUCGAGAGUCUCAUUCUGGUUCAUGAUUACAAAGAGCUGAUCCGUGCCCUUGUCGACAACCAACUCAAUCAACAUGCAAGGAUUGACGAUGUUAUCGAAGGGAAAGGAAGAGGUAUCAUCAUGCUCCUCGAGGGACCCCCUGGUGUCGGCAAAACCCUCACUGCGGAAUCUGUUGCGGAACAUAUGAAGGCACCUCUUUAUUCCAUCAACGCGGGACAGAUCAGUGACGACAUGACUGGCAUGGAGGAGAGGCUCCACGAAAUAUUCCAGAUCGCGAAAAGAUGGCGUGCGGUCUUGCUUCUCGAUGAAAGUGACGUGUUCCUUCAGGAGCGGACGAACAAUAACAUAGAAGGGAACCGAGUCGUUUCAGUCUUCCUGCGAUUGCUCGAAUACUACGAAGGCGUUCUCUUUCUGACCACGAAUCGAGUUACCAGCAUGGAUGCUGCAUUCCUAUCUCGUAUUCACCUCACGCUACACUUCCCGGACCUUGAUGUUCCGUCACGCAAACACGUUUGGAGCAACUUCCUCCACCUCGUGCCUCACGGUCACGGACUGAGCGAGCGUGAUGUUUCACGUCUGGCCGAGAUUAAUAUAAACGGGCGGGAAAUCAAGAAUCUGAUCAAGACAGCCGAAUUGCUUGCGCUUAGUCACAACAAGAAGCUGACGCUCGAGCACGUUCAAACAGUCUUGCGGGGCGACCAGCGCGCGCCCCACGACUCCGGCCGCGAAGUCACCCCAGACCAGCUACCCAAGCUCGGCAUCCUGCACUACAACUACCCCGACGUGUCCGCCGUGAACGCGCUGGCCUCAGAGCGGGGCUACAAGAACAGAGAUGAGAUCACGAUUUCGCCUGCGACGAUGGGCGACGUCUACGAGGAGAAGGUGAAGAGCUUCUUCCACGAGCAUCUGCACGAGGACGAGGAGAUACGGUAUAUACUGGAUGGGGGCGGGUUUUUUGAUGUUAGGGGCAAGGAGGACGAUUGGGUUAGGAUUCAGCUCGAGAAGCAUGAUUUGAUGAUUAUGCCGGCGGGGAUAUAUCAUCGGUUUACGACGGAUGAGAAGAAUUACACAAAGGCCAUGCGCUUAUUCAAGGACGAGCCGAAAUGGACGCCGCUUAAUCGUGGCGAGGAGACGGAUGAGAAUCGCUAUCGGAGGGAAUAUUUGCAGACUAGAGAUAGCAGUGGCGUAGAGGCUCACUAG